UACCUUGAAGGUUCUGACACAGUUACAACAUACCUUCUCAGAUUGGCAUGCGCUAGAACGGAAUAUUAGACAGACUUGUCCACGGGGACCGAGCGAAUCUUGGCAGAAAACAAAAUGGCGCAUGUAUCAAUCCUUUUUCUGGCUGUGGUUAUCUGGUUUGAAUGUGUCGUCGGUCAGAUGAAGUCAUGUGAUUGUUCCUGCUCCAAUCUAGACAACGCUUUGGAAAAUGACCCGGUCUUAAAAGCAAAGAUGGAGAAACUUGCCAAGGAGAUGACUUUGGAUGUAAAGAAUACCAGUGCGCACCUGCGGUCGCUGACGUCAGCCUCGGAUGACCGUCCGUCUGCCCAGGCGGCUGGCUAUGUUGGAAUAACCAUACUAGCUCUUGUGUUUGGCCUGCUCCUGUUCUUCGACGGUAUUGGUGUCGCUGCCCAGGGACUUCUGUUAAAACAAAAGCUUCAAUAAAUCGAUAGCUGCAAUGACAUGUACUUGCAUGUUUUCUUGAUUAUUAAUUAACACUGAGCAGGCAAAUACAGUGCCCUAUUUGAUUGGUAACUAUCAACACGAGAAUAGCAAUGACCUAGUUCCAAACAACAAACAAACAAACAAACAACAAAAAACAGUUCAAGCUAGUGUGAUUAUGUUUCGAAUUCUAUAUUGUAUACUGGACAUAAUGUGAAAUAAAAAUGGUUUGACGAAGAAAA